GAGUGGGCUUUGGGGAUCAAGCCCGUCAUCCACUUGAGUUUAUCACUUCAGUGUUCUGAUUGAUUCCAUUUCGACUUUUCUAUUGCCAACCCGAAGACAGAGUUUACAGAGAAGAAGACAACAAUGGCGGCAGCGGCGGCGGCGGCGGCGCCUAUUCUGAGCCACAUCGCCAGGGAGUCAUCGGACAUAAGACGCCUCGCCAAUUUCUACAAGGAGAUAUUUGGGUUCGAGGAGAUAGAGACGCCCGAUUUCGGAUUCAACGUCAUAUGGCUGAAUCUGGCCAACGCUUUCUCGCUCCACCUCAUCGAGCGGAGCCCCGAGACGAAGCUCCCGGAGGGUCCUUACAGCGCCGUGGAACCGAUUCGAGAAGUUUCCCAUAUCUCCAAAGGCCACCAUAUCUGCAUCUCCGUCGCCAAUUUCGACGCUUUCGUUGGUUCCCUCAAGGAGAAAGGGAUCGAAACUUUUCAGACGGCGGUUCCAGGGCGGUCAAUUAGGCAAGUCUUCUUCUUUGAUCCAGACGGCAAUGGACUGGAGGUGGCAAGUCGGGACGAGUAGGGGACAGCUCGAAUGGACUGCGCUUGGUUCGAUGAAAGAUCGAAGAUCGUAUGUACGAAAGGAAACCUAAUGAGGAGGAAUAAGAUGCUGUACAGAUGCUGUUAACUAGAGCUAGUUAGUUAUAAGCAACUUUGUUACAGGGCUUAUUUUACUGUUUCUCCAUGGAUUCUACUAUAAGUGUUGUAAUCGAAAUGAAAUGAAUAGCAGUAU